UUGAUGUCUUGAUAUAUCCUCUUUCUUCUUUUAGGGGGAUUUUUGGCUCCAGUUUGCACACUAAAGAUUAAGAAAAAAAAUGGUUUAGUGUUACCCAGUUUAGGAAUAAAAUCUUCUGAUAAGCAGGUAUUCAGUAUUCAGCUCUUUCGGAAGGGGGGACUCUUGAAGGAACUGAGAUGGAACGCAACAGGAUUGGUGGAUGGCCUAUGAUGGUGUGGCCCCACACCAAGCCCUUAUGUCUUUAUAUACUGUAAACAGAUGACCAGACAGUCCUGAGUGUGCAUUGCUACCCACUGCCUCUGCCUCUCCGGUUGCCUCCCUCUCAUCACCUCUGCAAGCUGCUGCCACUGCAUUUUGUGCUGCUCCUCUGAAGACUAACUUGAAAAAGGCACUGUAACGUGUUUUGCUUAGCUUUUACAAAAACAUCAGUGUUUCUUCGGGUGUUAAACGAUGUCUCUUCAGAUGCUAAUCCUUACAGUAAUGUGCAUGUGGGUUCUGGCUUGGAACUUCCAAGCGGAGGCAACCUACUAUCACCGCCAGACAGUCCACCACGAACACUCUGCUAACAUGGAAAACCUCCUGCCCGAAAAUCUCCUGCCCGAAAACCUCCUGCCUGAAGUCUUGCCUGAGGUCUCCCAACCUGUCAACAGCCGCACUUUCUAUGGGAUCAUGUUCGAUGCUGGGAGCACAGGCACCCGUAUCCACAUCUACAAGUUUAUUCAGAAAGACCCUGUUGAGCUGCCAGUUCUGGACAAUGAGAUGUAUCAUGCAGUGAAGCCUGGUCUGUCUGCCUAUAAAGAUAAGCCUGAAGAGGGUGGGAACACGAUCAGAGCGCUGCUGAAGGUGGCCAAGAAGACGGUGCCAGAGCAUGAGUGGAAGCAGACCCCGGUGGUCCUGAAAGCCACAGCCGGGCUCCGCCUCCUACCCGAGGAGAAGGCUAACGCUCUGCUGGAUGAGGUUCGGGAAGUCUUUGGCGAGUCCCCCUUCUUUGUACCAAACAACAGUGUCUCAAUAAUGAAUGGAACAAAUGAAGGAGUCCUGGCCUGGGUAACGGUGAACUUUUUGACAGGUCACUUGUAUGCCAAGACCAGGAAGACAGUGGGUAUCCUGGACUUGGGUGGAGGAUCUACCCAGAUCACUUUCCUUCCAAAAUCAAAGAAAACAGUGUUCACCGCCCCAGCCAGUUACAUUGCCAACAUCAACAUGUUCAAUAACACUCUACAGCUCUACACUCACAGCUACCUUGGAAAUGGACUUGUAGCUGCUCGAUUGGCAACUCUUGGGGCUUUGGGAGCUGAUGGUCUGGAGUGGAAAGUUUUCACAAGCUCCUGUCUACCCAAGAAGUUCAGACAGGACUGGACUUUUGGUGGAAUCACUUACAAAGUUAGCGGAAUUCCUGAUGGCUAUGCAGGGUACAAGCUGUGUUACUAUGAGGUGAUGAGGGUGGUGAAAGGCAUCGUGCACCAGCCAUUCGAGAUAAAGGGCAGCAGCAUCUUCUACGCCUUCUCCUACUACUUCGACAGAGCUGUGGAGUCAGGCCUCAUUGAUGGCAGUCGGGGUGGUAUGGUAGAAGUCAGGGACUUCAAGAAGAGAGCCAAAGAAGUGUGCAACAAGAUGACCAAGUACCGUCCCAUCAGCCCCUUCCUCUGCAUGGAUAUGACAUAUAUCACAUGCCUGUUGAAGGAGGGCUUUGGCUUCAAGGACAACACAGUGCUGCAGCUCGCCAAGAAGGUGAACAAUGUUGAGACAAGUUGGGCCUUGGGAGCCACAUUCGAUCACUUCAACAACCUCAACAUCCACUAAGGGCAGCUAUUCUACCUGCCUGCAGGCACUGAGAGGGACAGCCUGUUAAUGGGGGCACCCCCCCGACCAUCCCUCCCACCUGCUCAGCAGCACUGCCAAGCUUUUCCAGCCAACCCCUCCCCUCCGUCCCCAGCACCCUCCUGCAAAUAAUCCAAGAACUGUUGACAAAGAAAUCACUAUAUUUUUUAUAAUGAAGGACAGCUAUUUCUACUGUAUGUUUCAUCCAUAAUUAGUGAGUUGACUUUAUUUUUGUAAAGCAAGCGUUUAUACAGUAUAUGCGCUUCCUUCGGGGUGUCUGACCUGAAAUGCAGUCUUAUUUGGCUACCUUUGAGCAUGUAGAGUUGUUAGAAGCACUGCAACUAGUCAGGUAUUUAGAGAACUUUGGUGCUUACUGUGGUCCUGGAGUGCACUGUAAUGUACAGUGGAAUAUUUGGAGAGAAAAUAAGUUGCAGGAAUGCAACCUUCAGUCAUAGCUCUGAAUGCAACUCAUUCUAUCUGGAAAUAUAUUUCCAGUACAUCAUACUGUAGGACAGGUGAACAAGAUAUUUUCCCUCACAAGAGUUAAGCAAUAUAUCAUUGAAGUUAAGUAAACAGAAACGUUUCCCCUCAUACUUUGCACAUAACACUUUAACUGCCUAUGCUGUAGCUGAGAACUGUUGCUUGGAUGUUGUCUACAGAGUUGUACAUAUUCAUCAAUGUUAAAGGAGGUGACCAAUUUGCCACAACUCAGAGGGCAAGUAAAGCACAGAGAGGGUGAGAUGGUAGUGUUCUCACUGAGUAUGUCUUGCAUUUGAUAUAUGAAUACAUACGUUAUGACGUUGAUGCCUAUGUUUUGAAAGUGCAGCCUUAGUAGAUGUGGCCUUGUGUAGAAUGGCCAGUUGAAUUGAAUCAGAAAAGUGAGUGCUUUGUGUUUCUGACUGUUGGUAAAGUCUGCGUUAUUUGUGUUGUCUACAGUGGAGCACUAAAUGGUCAUUGUUCGAUCAACCGUGGCAAGACUACAUGACCCUCUCCAAAUUACAAUGUAGCUUUGGCUUGUGGCUGUAUUCAGCAACCAGUCAUUUCAAUAUCCCUCUAGUACUAUAUCAUCCAUAGACUGAUACAUACAGCCUAAGAAGCAUGUCAGGUAUAUCAAAGGCCUUAAACCCAUAAAUCUUUCAGUUAUAGCUCUAGGUGCAAGGCACAUACAUGCUUAUUAAUACUGUUUGGAAUUUUCUUGUGAACUGUACAAAUAUUUAAAUCUCAGAUCCUGAUUAUUUUGAAUGCUGGUGCAAUUUGUACAAAAUGAACUUCGCUGUAUAAUUGCUCUAAUGCAAUGCAUUAGCCUAUUCAACAAUAGCCGCUAUAUGUUCAGUAGCAAAUAUGUACAAUAACUACUGCUGUAUAUAAUACUACAAAGUAAACCUGUAUAAGUAAAAUACUUACCAGACUGUAACUGCUUUGACUUCGCAAAAGAUAACUUUAUUUCUGCUGCAUAAUGUUCAAAGUUAAGGUGAACUGCUUGAUAACUGAUCAUGUAAAUCACAUUUUAUGAAAACCUGGUGCAAGUAAAACAUACAUUAUACAAGUAUGUUUGAAUAAAAUAUUAAAAGUGUACUUGGUGUACAGGUACAGUGCCUUAAGAAA